CCUGAGUUUGCUGCGGUAAUCAAAGCUGCCAUUAAGAUCAAUCAUCACCGUCUUUGGCCACGGAUGCAGUACUCGUAGCGACAAGGCAACUGCAGCAUCAUGAACUCUAGAACACGACAUAUACCAUGGUGGCCGACUCCAGGUCGUCAUUGAGACGUCCUUCGCUGCGAGGCUACAAAUCUACCAGGUCCAGCAGUCCGCUCAAUGAGAAGGCGACACCACUGCUUCCGCAACCUUUCAAUCAUCCAAACGUGUUGCGAACUAAACGCGUUCGAACCUCUACCAAUUCCACACCGGAACAUGAUCUGAAGAGACGUCGCCUGUCGACCGGCAAAAAGGAGAUACCACAAUUACGGAUACCGUUACGCAGUCGCGGCGGCGGCGUUGUACCUAAGGUUGUAUCGCCAGCACCGGCUGUCACCUCCGCGUCGUUCCAAUCCAAGUUUCAGGCAUAUACACCAAACAGUGCAAAACCGCUCGAUUCACCAAGCGGUAAACCACAAUAUGAUCAGAUCAGAAUUAUCGAAGAACGAGCCAAAGCCUCAAUUCGGGGUGGUGCUGCUUCCGCAUCGCAGGAGGACAAGAGGAAAUUACGGUCUAAAGAUGGAGGGUCACGAGCAAAGACGGAACUCGCUCAGUAUUUCCCAGACUUUGACGAAAUGCUCAGUCUGAAGCCUCCAGAUCCAGAAGCGUUGACCGUCCGCACCAAAGUCGUCCUUGUCGAUGACACUCCCGACAUCCAGCCCAACCCACCGAGACCAGAUCCUUUCGGCGUGAACAAGCCCUUGUACAAGACAGAGGUCAUCCAGCUAAACCGUCGCGGUAUACCCUUCGAUCUCGAUACCGAGGAUCCUCUGAGCGAAGAAUUCUACUCCAAGGUACAUUCGAAAGCGGAAAGACAGGAGAAGCAGAUAAAGAAUGGCGACAGAGAGCGGGCACAGCAUGAGAAAUACCAACUGGAAAAGCUUCUGGACGACCUCCGUGGCCCGGACUGGCUGAAAACGCUGGGCAUCACUGGCGUUACGGACACGGAGAAGAAGCGGUACGAACCCAAGCGCCUACUCUUCAUUCGGGAGACACAGGCCUUGAUCGACAAGUUCAAAAGAUGGAAAGAAGAGGAGAAACGGAGAAAGCUUGAAAAAGAACAGGCACUCUUGGAAGAGGCGCAAGAAGACGACGAAAGCCACGAGACUGCCACGUCUGCGGAUGAGGAUGAAUCUGAGGAUGAGGGCAGUACAAGCAGUGCGUCGACACAUGCAGCCAACUCGAGCGAGAUCGAUGCUCUUGCAUCACAGCAGCUUAUUGAAGAGGCGAAGAGUGCCAACAGACGGAGGAAGCCACCCAUCGAGCCUGUAGUCGAGCAGCUCUCUCCACCAAAGCCUUUUGUUUCUUUCUUCGCCAAAAAACAUCUUCGGGAUGCAGCAGUAUCCGGGCGGCAACGAGGGCGUAAUGUCCUCGCUUUUGGUCAUCCCAUACCCGACCUUCUCGAGAGGGACUUCGAACUGCCGGACGAUAUCCUUACCGAAGAAGCGAUCCGGAUCAGUCAGCGUGCCCGCCGACGAUCUCGGCGUGGUGAUGAUGAGUGAAACUGUAUAUCACCAGGGCAUCUCAUUUUUUCGAAAGUGUGUUGUACUGUAUGGGAUCUGGAGAAACCAGUCAUAUUUGAUACGGGGGCCGGGUUGAUAAGCGCAGGAGUCCAUACGGCAUUCUCUGUGGGAUUUGGUUUGAAUGAAGAAUGGGUGAUUGUUUGAACCUUGAGAAGGCCCCCAUGCCUCGUGAAAGGCUAGCGAGGCAUUUAUUCAGC